UACCAAUGUUGUGACCCAGCCACACGAGGCAACACAAUUGUUCCCGUUGCCUUGGCGGUCUACCAGUCCCACCUCUCGUUGUGACGCAAAAGCUGCAAAAAGCAUGGAAAGCAAUGCCUUGAGUCACCCGAAAAGACAAGACUAAUAAGCCCCAAUUCCACCAGACGAGCAUGGCGCCGGUCUAUCAGCUCACGAUCGAGGAAGUCUUCAAUCGUCUCACCGCACGUGAAAGACUGUAUGCUCACCAUGUCGGAAGGGCUGUUUGGUAUGGCAGCAGAAUCGUCAUGCGACAGACCUCGCCCGAGAGCGAAGGGAUAUACGACUUUAUCCUGGAGCUACACAAAGCGUGUGGUGGGCAGUGGUCACGACUAGUUGAUGCCCAUGGCGCCAAGCAGAAAGAUGUCGAUGCUCUACUGGAAUUUGCAGCGCAGUUCCUCGCCCACCUGGGGAACUACUACGCAAUGGGAGACAGAAAGGUGGUGCCGCAGGUCGCACCGGACGCCCUCCGAGAGAUGGCGAAGAUUUCCGUGAAGGCUACUCGUGCUUUAGAGAAUGUCAUCGAACCAAUGUUCGCCGUUCCGCCCUACCACCUGGGCUACCCCGGCGAGACAACUCAGUCAACGUACUACUCUGGAAAUGAGCCCAUCACGGUUGAAGAGAUAGGUGUGGUGGCCAAUAUCAUGGAGAAGCAUCAUAUCGAGCCUGAAAAUACCCGAGUACACAAAUGGAUUGACCACAUGCAGGCGACACCCGUCUUUGACAUUGUUCAGGCAUCUGUCGAGGAUUCCGCUCCUAUCACGUUAGAGACAACGCCCGAGGCAGUGUACAGGGUCACGCGUGGCAGUCACGCCGCGGAACUUUCCAUGGUCUGUGAGGAACUCGAAAAGGCGGCCGAGUACGCCUCCAACGAGACACAAGCUUCUUUGGCGCGCGAGAAUAUUAAGUACUUCCAGACUGGUGAUAUUGAGCACUUCUUUAGCGCACAGCGUCUCUGGGCGACUGACCGCUCCCCACGGGUGGAACACGUUAUAGGAUUCAUGGAAUCUUAUAGGGACCCCUACGGAGUGCGAUGCGAAUGGGAGGGCAUUGCGUCGAUAUCUGACCCUGACGAGACAAGCAAGCUGGACGGGCUCAUUCAAGACGCCACCAAGUUCAUUCGCCUGCUCCCCUGGGCUGUUCCAGGGGAGAACGACGGAAAGGGGCCCUUUGAGCCAUCCGAAUUCACUGCCCCCAACUUCACGAUUGUUCAUGCCCUCGCCUUCUGCAAUAGUACGGUCUGGGAUGGAUGCAAUCUGCCCAAUUAUGGUGACAUCCGUGAGACAUACGGGGCAAAGAACAUUGUCUUUUCGAAUCGCCUGCGUAUUAAGGAGGAGUCGACUCCUCUCUCGGCAUUUGUCGAUCCGUCCGAGGCUGGCAUGUUAAAGACGUACAGUGGAACUGUCCACUUUAUCAAGAAUGCGAUCCAUGAGCUUCUUGGACACGGCACAGGAAAGCUACUGUCCGAAACCGCGCCAGGUGUCUUCAAUUUCGACCGGGACAAUCCGCCGACAAAUCCCCUGACGGAUGCGCCUGUUGAGACGUGGUACAAAUUUGGGCAGGCGUGGCAAGGCGUCUUCAACGACUUGGCCAAUUCUAUAGAGGAGUGUCGAGCAACCCUUGUGUCAUACUUUCUUCCUGCUGAGAGGGAAGUUCUCAGCGUCUUUGGGCUCGAUGACGAGGACACGGUGGCCGACUUUGUCUAUUACCUUUAUUUGACAAUAGGCACACUUGGACUCGAAUCGCUGGCAUCGUUCAACUCGGAGAACCGCUCCUGGGGUGACCAGCACCAUAGGGGUGACUUUGCUAUCUUCAAGCACUUGCUACUCGAUGGCGGUGAUGUCAUGAGUGUCGACUACAACGCAGAUGCCAGGACCGUCCGGGUCAAUGUGGACCGGUCGAAGAUAAUCUCACACGGCAAACCCUCUCUUGGACGACUCGUUCUUCGACUCCACGUAUGGCGAUGCAUUGCGAACGUGGACUCGUGCAGGGAGUUCUAUGAGCCCCUCACGAACGUGGAUGGCGAGUAUGAAGCUUGGAGGCAGGUUGUCGUCUCGGCGGGGACAGAUGGCGAAUCGUCCCUUGUGCGGACAGAUCCAGGGGGGAAGAUUGUCCAAGCGAAUACUUUCCUGACGCACGAUGGCGGCGUUGAACUGAGAGUGUAUGAACAGAGCAAUGAGGGGAUCGUUCAGUCGUUCUUCGAGAGGGCGGUGUAAGAGAAUGUCCGUCCGCUUACAGCGCGUAUAUAUUUACUCAGCGCACAAAAGGUUUAUUAUACCACCAGGCGCCACGACCUUCAACCCAGAGCAGCAGUACCACGGUUGCUCUCCGCUGGCUCGCUGGACACAAGAUCUCCACCAUCUUCUUUCCUGUCAUCAACUUGCUGCCCCCAUCAACUUGCUACCCCUCCAUGCAGGGGAGCUGACAGUCAAUCGCCAAACCAGCAAGGCUGAACGGAUUUGCUCCGAAGUUUCUCAGCAGCAGGCAGCAUGGGGCAUCUUUCGCCACAUGUCUGCUAUCCAGUUUGAAAGACGAUACCUCAAAGGCUCACAGUCCUCACUUCGACUGCGUUGCUCGUUAAAUUAGCUUAACGCCCACAAGCCGCAGCAGGAUCCAUGUCGGCGUCGCUGAUAGGUGGCGCCAGAGACCCCUGGUUGGGGGCCGUUCCGUCCGCCCGGCCGUACAGCCCAGAAUAGACAUGCAUCCCG